AUGGAAGGAAUUUCAUUACAAGAAUCAGAGGAAUUGAAAGUUACAUCAGAUGAUCCAAACGAACGGAAACUCGCGCGCCGCCAGCGCAUUCAAAGGCGAUUGGAAGCUGCAAAAAGGCAACAUAUUGUUGAUGAAGAAGAGGUGCAGGAAGAGAAAGGAAAGUCACUGCUUGAUGAGCAAGUGGAAAACAGUGCAGAUCAACUUGAAAAACUGUUGUUGGAAGGACGUGAACUGGUAACAAAUGUUCGAGUAGCUAGUGAUUCUCGGGAAGUUAAGCAUCGUGAAGAACUUGCUAUUGGAAGAGAAAAAAGGACAAAGGUUGUAGAGGAAGAAGCUGAAAAAAGUCUGAAGAAAUUUGAAGAAAUUGACCAAAAAUGGUCCUCUAUACUGGUGUCAAAGGAUCCACUUGAUAUUCAUCAUGCCAUGGAAGAACAGAGAGUAAAGUGUAGGGAACUCAUUGAGCAAAAAAACAUGCUAAUAGAAGAGCUGCGUCAUGAAUUGAAACAAGCAGAUAUCAGAUUUCAUGAAGAUCAAAAGAAACAAAAAGAUGACAUUGUCACUCUGGCAGAGCGAAUUGACAAUCAGGUUAAUGUGAUGAGACGUGCAUAUCGGCAAGAACUAAGGCUAAUUGAGCAAGCCAUUGAAAUUGAAAGGAAACAGCUACUUGAUACUAAUAAGAAGAGGUGGGAUCCCUUGUACAGUGAACGUGAAACAGAAGAAGUAGAAAACAUGGAAAAGAAAUUUCAACAAGUUGCAGAAUUUGAAGAGGAAAUGAGAAAAAUUGAUCUUGAACACGAAGAAAAUUAUAGAGAGUCAAAGAUAAAAUUAGAAACAGACAUACAGAUAUUGCAGCAGGAGUUGGAACAAAUUAAAGCCUCAUGCUUGCUCAACGGUGAGAAACUUGAUUACAACUACCUAAUUCUAAAAAAACGAGUAGAUGAAAAUAUCAUACUGAAGUGCCAGCAGAAACGCCAGAUUAACAAGCUGCAAGGAAUGGUGAAUUCUCUGAAGAAAAAUAUUGCUGAAAUUGAAAAUAACACAAAAAAUGAAUCUGAUCAUCUAAGAAAUGAUAUUAUAAAACUUCAUGACAAAUUAAUGAAGUUAGAUGAACGAACUGAUUACCUUUCUCAAAUAAAUGAUACCAGGUAUCACCAGUUAUGGGAUAUGAAUCAGGAGAAAGCCACAAAACUCUUACAAAAGAUUCUGGCAGCAGACAAAUUUAUUCAUGAAGAACUUUUGGGACUGACAUGGGUUCCCCCAGACUUUCCAAAAAUGAAGAAAACUGAUUUACCUUCGUAUCAAUCAGCAGUACAAGCUGUUGACAAUCUUACUGAGAAAAAAGUGGAAUGUAUGGGUGCUGAUGUACAAAAGAAGAUACACUCUGAUAUUGACACUUCUGAUGAUAAAACCAAUAUGUUGCUCAAGCACAUUCUACAGAAAAUUGCAGAUGAGUCUCAAUUUUUGAUUGAAGAAUGCCUGAAUAAAUUACUAUUUAUACACAGAAAAGAUGGGAAGACAUUAGUAAAGCUUGAUAAUGUUUUCAGUGCACUAGGUGUGACCAAGAAAGAAGACAUUAUGCUGAUGAAGGAAUUCUUCUUGCCAUACACUUUCUGUCCAAUAUGUAAUGAGCUUAAAGCAGAUGAAAAAAAAAGUGAGGAGGUUACUUCUGAGAAAAUUGACAGUAUGUACAGGCAGGAGCAGGCAGUGCAAGACCUUCAAGAGUCUGGAGAAACAGCUGUGCCACCUAGUGAGUCUGUGGCAUCAGUGCAAAGUAUGGAUGAACAGAUAUCAGAGGAAUCUCACCCUGGUAGUGCAAAGCAUGUUGAAACACAGCCCACCCCUGAACAAAAGCCCACGAAAUCAUCACCUCCUACUGUUGAGGAGAUGGCAUUACAAAAGGAUAGAACAAUGGAUUGCGUAUUAACACAUCACGUGAAAAUAAAUCCUGUGUAUGUUCUGAAAGCCCUUAGAGAAUUUAUAAGUGAUUUUAGCAGCAAAAGACAACAAACAUAUGUUAAUCUUGAGUCACGUUUAUCAAGGAAAAGAGAUACUGUGUCAAGGCUCUUGUCAACAGAUGAUGUAACAGCAUAUUGGAAAAAGUUUGAAAACAUUUUUUCUCCAAAAGCAAUACAGUUAUGGGACUGUUUAUACACAGGGCUGCAAAAAUAUCAUUGUGUAUUGAGAGAACGUCAUCGACUGAAUGUAGAAACUCAGCAACUCCAACACCAGAACACAGAGUUGCAGAGGCUGCUGCGAGGUUACAUACUGUCACCGGGAAAUGAAAGGAUGACACCCAUAUCAAAGAAAAUUUUACCUCCAGUGUUCCAUCACAUAAAGAAGACUGAAGCAAUACACUUUCAAGAAUAAAACAGAUGAAAC